AUGGCGGAAUUAAACGGUGCUCCAGCAACGCUAAACACAAUGGCUGAAGAAGUUGUAGUGCAAAAUGAUUGUGAGUAUAACGUCACUAGUCCUGCACCGCCUGCAGAUCAAAAUUUACAAAUAAAUCUAGAUGGCGACGGUGGCAGUCUCAGCGCACCACAAGAAUUGCUAAUCCAUAGCAGAAAAAAACAGCUCCGUUUACAGCAACUAGAAGAGACCAUGCGUUUAAGAGAAGAGUAUUUACGGGAAAAAUUUCGCAUUUUAAACGCAGAAGAUGCAGACGAGGAAAUAGAAGGUUCAUGUGUUAUUGGCCCCACCAAAAUGUGUGGAACUAAUGUGAGCGGUAACACAGCAUUUUCGCCUACUCCAGUGCAGCCUGUACAAAAUAACAGAACCAACAUAUGUCCAGCGCGUGAGGUACCGGUACAUACGGUUAUGCAGUCACCACGUCAGCCGUCGACGCGGACUGCGGCAGAGCGUAGUCAGGCCUUACAUGUAGACUGCAACGGUAAUUCGCCAAACAUAUUUACAACGUUCACAGCACCAACAAGUACAGCACGUUCGCCAAAUCAGGUAUUCGCAAGUCAAUCAGCCGAAACCUGUAAUUUGACGACUUCGCAGUUUGCAGCGCGGCAAUGCGUGCCAAAAGACUUGCCGGUAUUUAGCGGUGACCCCCAAGAGUGGCAUAUUUUUGUUAGUGCAUAUGAACAGAGCACACAAAUGGCUGGUUACUCUCAUCAUGAGAAUUUAGUUCGCCUUCAAAAGUGUCUACGUGGUAAGGCUAGGGAGGUCGUGCGCAAUUUACUGGUAUUACCGGAGAUGGUACCUGAUAUUAUAAAUACGCUCAGAAUGUAUUUUGGACGUCCUGAGCAAAUACUUAGAGUACUUAUUGAUAGGGCGCGUCAAUUACCAUCGCCUAAGGGUAAACUUGAUCUACUCAUCGACUUUGCAUUUGCUAUCAAGAAUAUAGUAGCAAUAAUUCAUGCAAGCAAACUAAGCGGUUACCUCAACAGCCCAUUACUAUUGCAGGAAUUCGUUGAGAAGCUCUCUCAGGAGUCAAAACUUAACUGGGCAAUUUAUUCAACUGGCAUGAAUAACCCUUGCUUGGAAGAUUUUUCUACCUGGUUGUCCACAUUGGCUGAAGCAGCUUGCCGUGUUACGAAUCCGGCAUCACUCUCAGAGAAACUUAACAAGCGUGAAGCUCAUUUGCACACGCAUAAAUCUGAUGCCGUUUUAAAACAAUACGAAGAAGCAAAAUCUAUGCCCAGAUGCGCAGUAUGUAAUAACCCGCAUAAGGUUCCUCAGUGUGACCGGUUUAAAGCACUCACUAUGAAUGAGAGAUGGGACUUUGUUAAGAGGAAAAAUCUAUGCCGCCAGUGUUUGGGAACACACUCUCGCCGCUGCUGGAGUAACAAGUCGUGUGGGGUGGAUAGCUGCACAAUACGUCACCACAGGCUCCUUCAUUCUGAUGUUAACAAAAAUAGUGAAGUUUCAACGAUGCUGAAUAACCACCGUUCGAUUUCCAGCAACAACACCACAUAUUUUCGAAUCUUACCGAUAGUUUUGUAUGGAAGAAAUAAAACAAUAUCCACAUACGCGUUUAUGGAUGAUGGAUCUACACUAACACUUAUAGAUCAAACACUUGCAGAUGAAUUGGGUGAGGCUGGCGUUCCCGAUCCUCUAUGCAUUCACUGGACUGGAGAUAUAAACCGAUAUGAAGCUGAUUCGCAACGGCUCGAUUUACGAAUUUCAGGUAAUAUUCAAGGUGCGAAAAUAUAUCCACUCCGAGGUGUUUACACGGUUAGUAGCUUAAAUAUGUCAUCAUCAACAUUGAUUGCUGACCAAUUGAAAACAAAAUAUGCACAUUUAAAAGGCAUUCCCUUGCCAAACUUUAUUGACAUAGUUCCUAAGCUAAUUAUUGGUGUAAAUAACCCCAAUUUGAUAAUGGCACAGAAGAUACGUGAAGGUGGAUGGCAAGAUCCCGUAGGGGCGAAAACCAGAUUAGGGUGGACAAUUUUUGGUGGCGGUAAUAAUCAGAGUAAAGGUAACGGAUUAAACUUACAUAAAUGCGACUGCGAGAGCGAUAACAACUUGCAUGAACUCGUAAAGUCUUUCAUGUUGAAUGAAAAUAUUGGAAUUUCAGUGCCAAAGGUAAAUCCAGUUUCAAUGGAAGAUCAACGAGCCAUAGAAAUUUUGGGUAACUGCGAGUUGCAUGAGGGUCAGUACACCGCGAGCUUGCUGUGGUCAAAUGAUAAUGUACGAUUGCCAGACAGCUUGCCAACAGCUCUUAGUCGCUUUAAGUGUCUGGAACGUAAGUUAUCUAGCAAUCCUGAACUACAACGCAAUAUGCAGGAACAAAUUGACAACUUAGUUAAGAAAAAUUAUGCGACCAAGUUACCGAACGAAGCUAUAAAUGACCGUGGUGACAAAAUUUGGUAUUUGCCGGUUUUUAUUGUCCGCAAUCCGCACAAGCCAAAUAAAAUUCGACUUGUGUGGGAUGCAGCCGCAAAAUCUAGAGAUAUAUCCCUAAACAAUUUCUUACUGAAAGGGCCAGAUAUGUUAACUCCACUAGUAAAUAUAUUAUUCAACUUUCGAAUGGGUAGAAUCGCAAUAUGCGGUGAUAUCGAAGAAAUGUUCCACCGCAUUAAGUUACGACACCCAGACGCAGAUGCUCAGCGUUUUCUCUGGCGUACUAACAUGAAUGAUCCGAUAAACGUUUACAGGCUCAACGUUUUAAGUUUUGGUGCUUCUUGUUCUCCAUGUAUAGCGCAUUACGUGCGAAAUCUAAAUGCUUCGGUACACGCUGCUCAAAAUUCUCAGGUAGCGUGUGCAAUAAAGAAUCACCAUUACGUCGAUGAUUUUAUUGAUUCGGCUCGAACCGUCGACGAAGCUAUCAAAUUGGCAAAAAAUGUUCGAGAUGUUCACUCUAAAUGUGGUUUCAACAUGCGUAAUUGGUCAAGCAAUUCGCCAGAUGUUUUAGCAGCGCUUAAUGGAGAUGGGGAGCCACAACUUAAAUCAUUUGACUGCAGUAAGGAUGUCAUAAAUUUCGAAAAAAUACUUGGUAUGUACUGGGAACCAAAAUCCGAUACAUUCAGCUACGUGCUCAAAUUUGUUCGGCUUAAGCGCAAUGUAUUCGCGGACAGGGUCGUCCCUACAAAGAGAGAAGUAUUGCAAGUGCUCAUGUCAGUUUUCGAUCCGCUGGGACUAGUAGCUUGCUUAACUUCAUAUCUAAAGAUUCUUAUUCAAGAUAUCUGGCGAAGUGGAAUAGACUGGGAUCAACCGUUAAAUUAUGAACUUUCAUUGAAAUGGAAAACUUGGAUUGAAUACAUUCCCGUUAUUACUAGCGUGUCGGUACCGCGUUGCUACUCUCCACUCCUUUACGAGGAUGACUGUAAAGUACAACUGCAUACGUUCGUAGACGCAAGUGAAAAUGCAUACGCAGCCGUAUCAUAUUUUCGUAUUGAAGCUGGAGGUCACGUCGUCAGUAGGUUGGUGGCAGCUAAAGCAAAGGUCGCACCGUUGCGCCCGCUCUCAAUACCACGACUGGAACUACAGGCUGCGGUAAUUGGUGCACGUUUAACAAACAUGGUUGAGGAAGCACAUCAUAUAAAAUUUGAGAAACGUUGCAUCUGGAGCGACUCAAAAACCGUUCUAAAGUGGCUUCAUGGUGAUCCGCGUAAAUUUCAACAAUUUGUAAUGUUUCGUAUCGCUGAAAUCCAAGAAGCAACUGCUAUCAGUGAAUGGCGUUGGAUACCAACAAAAAUGAAUGUCGCUGAUAUUGCUACGAAAACGAGGCCUUGCAUUGAGGUAGCUCAUCAGUGGAUAAAUGGUCCCGCUUUCCUUACUUUACCUACUAAAGAGUGGCCGGAACAAGAAGAUCUGGGUACGGUGAACCCUAGCGAAUUUCGAACUAAGCUUCUAAUUCACAACGUGCGAAAGGUAAAUAUCAACUUUGAAUAUUUUUCGAAUUGGCUUCGACUAUAUAGAGCUAUAGCAAACUGUGUGCUUUACAUCGAAAAACUUAAACAACGGCUCCAAAUCACAUCGGAAGGCAGUCAUCUAACCGCAUGUCAUUUUCGGCGUGCAAAACUGUUUAUUUUUAAGACAAUCCAAAUGGAACAUUUUGACGACUGGUCAUUGCUUAAAGUUGGUAAGCCUGUAUGUAAAACUGGUCCGCUACGAAACCUGCAAGUUUAUAUGGACGACGAGCAUCUCAUUCGCGUGAAAAAUAGGGCAACAUAUUUUCAGUCAUGCGACCAGCCUCAACGUGAUUUCAUUGUUCUACCACCUGGUCAUCGAGUAACCUAUCUUAUAGUAGAUCACUAUCAUCAACGCUUUUACCAUAUUCAGCACGAGACAGCCUUGAAUGAGGUAAGACAAUUGUUUUUUAUACCAAAACUGCGAUCGUUAUUUAAAGCUGUGAGGCGAAAUUGCCAAGUAUGUAAAAUCGCGAACGCCGCUCCGCAAGCUCCACAAAUGGCGCAAUUACCCACAGCCCGGCUUGCCGCAUAUUCUCGUCCCUUUACAUAUGUUGGAAUCGAUUAUUUUGGGCCGAUCUUAGUUACUGAAAACCGCAAGGCGAAGAAGAGGUGGGGAGUAUUGCUGACCUGCCUGACAAUAAGAGCUAUACACAUAGAAAUAGCCCAUUCUCUAAGUACUGACUCCUGUCUAAUGUGCUUGCGAAAUUUCAUUGCUCGCCGAGGCUGCCCUGUUGAAAUAUAUAGCGAUAACGGUACGAAUUUUCGCGGGGCAGAUAGCUUUUUAAAAGACGAGCUGCUUAAACUGAAUGCUUCUAUCGUAGAACGUGAACUUGCUCACAAAGGUAUCGCCUGGAAGUUUAAUCCACCAGCUGCACCUCACAUGGGUGGAGCAUGGGAACGCCUAAUAAGAACAACAAAGGCAGUGCUGCAUAAGAUUUCGCCGUCGCAGAGAUUCUCUGAUGAAAGUUUACGUUCGGCUUUGCUGGAGGUGGAGAUGAUCAUUAAUUCUCGACCGCUGGCAUAUCUAUCGCUCGACUAUGAAGACCAGGAACCGAUUACCCCAAACCAUUUUUUAUUGGGCAGUUCAAAUGGAGCCAAGCCGUUUUGUAAACCUGAAGAAAUUAGCUUAAAAAUGAAUUUACGUCAAAGCGAGAUGUUUGCGAAUUUAUUCUGGCGUCGAUGGGUACGUGAAAUGAUUCCAUCACUUACACGUCGCAGUAAAUGGUUUGAAAAAGUGAAACCCAUAAGCGAGGGUGACAUCGUAUUGAUUGUCGAUGAAAACGCAGAAAGGAACACUUGGCUAAAAGGUAUAGUCGUCGAAACAACGAUGGCAAAAGAUGGACAAGUAAGGCGUGCUAAAGUAAAAACGAGGCAAGGUGUUUUAGAACGACCAGCAGUAAAGCUUGCAGUGCUCGACAUCGGCAAAGACAAGGCAAGCUCCGAAGAUUCGUCCGCUUACCGGGGGGACAUUGUUGCCGACUUAAGCAACCCGUAA